GACGGAGCUGGGAGCUCUCCGUGGUGCUGAAGCAGAGUAAACAAAGGGUCUAUUUUCAUUUUCGUUUUUUCUUUCCAUAAACAGAUCCUGUGUGUAACAGCUGUAUGUGAGUCCAAUGUGUGUUUGGGGUUAACAUGUAGUUGCAUUAGGUCUUCUUCAUUCUGUAAAUCCGCUGCCCCGCCUCUUCUUUUCUUUUCCAGAUUCAUCUGUGCAUUUGUGCAGGUCUAGAUCUAAAACGCACGACUGAUUACUGCUGAAUUCACCACCGGUCUGCUUUUUCUUUCUUUUUCUCUCCAUUUUCUCUAUUUUUUGUAUUUUUCUGUUUUUGAUUUUUAAUUUGUAAACUUGUCUGGUACAGAACAGCUCAAAUGGUCUUUGGGUCGAGAUAACUUGUUUCACCAGAAUGAAACGACGGAGAAUCCAAACUUUAUUUCGGUUGCUUCUGUGUGUCAGUAUUUUGCCACCCUGUUGGUGUGCUCAUGGGAAAUAUGCUCAUAAGCUCCUGAAUGAUUUAUUCACCAACUAUACUAGUGCGCUGAGGCCUGUGGAGGACACAAACACCAUCCUGAAUGUGACCCUGCAGGUUACAUUGUCACAAAUUAUCGACAUGGAUGAGCGAAACCAAAUUUUGACUGCAUAUUUAUGGAUACGGCAAGUGUGGGUUGAUGCACACCUCAAAUGGAAUAAAGAUGAUUACGAUGGACUUGAUACCAUCCGCAUACCUAGUAGUUAUGUAUGGAGACCUGAUAUAGUCCUAUAUAACAAUGCAGAUGAUCAUUUCACUGGCCCUAUGGACACCAAUGUGGUGAUCCGACACGAUGGCCAGAUAAUGUGGGAUUCCCCAGCUAUCACCAAGAGCUCUUGCAAAGUGGACGUGUCUUUCUUCCCCUUCGAUGCUCAGCAAUGUAGGUUCACCUAUGGCUCCUGGACCUACAACGGUAACCAGCUGGAUAUCCAAAAUGCCAUGGAGAGUGCUGACCUGGCUGACCUGGUGGAAAAUGUCGAAUGGGAGGUGCUGGGUAUGCCGGCUAAGAGGAACAUUAUUCUGUAUGGCUGCUGUGCCGAUCCUUACCCAGAUGUUACUUACACACUGAAACUGAAGAGAAGAGCUUCCUUUUAUGUCUUCAACUUGCUCAUACCAUGUGUGAUGAUUUCUUUUCUGGCUCCACUGGGCUUCUACCUGCCUGCUGACUCUGGAGAGAAGGUGUCUUUGGGAGUCACUGUAAUGUUGGCCCUCACUGUCUUUCAGUUGUUGGUUGCAGAGAUCAUGCCACCCUCUGAGAACGUACCUCUUAUUGGAAAGUAUUACAUUGCAACCAUGACCAUGAUCACAGCCUCCACUGCCCUUACCAUCUUCAUCAUGAACAUACACCACUGUGGCCCGGAUGCCAAGCCUGUUCCCAAGUGGGCCAAGAAAGUCAUUCUGCAGUACAUGGCCAGAAUGUGCUUCGUUUAUGAAGUUGGGGAAAACUGCAUGUCGCCACAGCCGGAGAAACAGGAGCCUCCACUUGUAAAGAACACCAACUGCACCAUGAACGGUCAGGCAGGACCAGGCAGAGAGGACUGUGUCUUCAAAAUGGAGAGAGGACAAGAGACAGUGACUUCAGAGGAGAGGGAAGACAUGGAUCAGAUGAUGAGUCCAAUAGGCUCAAUUGGGAAGAAUCCUACCAACCACUACAGCACUUGGAAAAAUGGCAUUUUCAUGAGCAUGGACUGUGGAGAUUCGGGGGGUCCAAGGAGAUGCAGGAAGGGAGGUGUGAGUGAGGGAGAGAGAAAAGACAGAGAGUUUUCCUGCUGCUCCCAAAGCAAUGAGAGGCAGCUGCUGCGCAACAUUGAGUACAUAGCCAACUGUUACAGAGAUCAGAGGGCCACGCAGAAAAGGACUGGGGAGUGGAAGAAGGUAGCCAAAGUUUUAGAUCGCUUCUUCAUGUGGAUAUUUUUCAUAAUGGUGUUUUUCAUGAGCCUGCUCAUCAUGGGCAAAGCCAUCUAACUGCAGAACUGUUGAGAAGUUGGACUUAAGGACAGUGUUAACACGUGUAAGACAAAGAUCAUUACAGGGUAGUAGAGGAUUCAUUAAGUACAAUACUUUAAUCAGUAACUUACUUAACAUUCAGAUGUCCAAACCUCUUAGAAAUAGUUCAAUCUGGAGCCCGAGUCAUCACUCAAGCUACUGCAGUCCUAAGUAUAAGUAAAAUUCAACUUUUGAUAAACAUCUUGGUUAUGGGUUCAGUUGUUGACAACUUACAUUCCCUAAAUUUCGUUCUAAUGUUAUGUGAAAGUUAUUAAGCUCAGCCAAAAAAAAAAAAGUCUGUCGUCAAAUCAAUACAAUUUAAUAGUUAUAGUAUUUCUACUAUUUCAUGCUUUUUUUUCAAAUUAUAUGCUGAUAAAAAAUUUUUACAGCAACAUUUAUUUCUUUGUAUCUGAAAUAAUAGAUUAUUAGAUAUGUAGAUGAACAUGUAUUACAUUUGCAUAUGGGUGGAAAAUAAUGAAAAUUUGGCUUUAUUUUACUAAUAUAAUUUAGAAAAUAAAUACAAAAGUUGAUAAAUAAAUACACUAGUAUGAGUGUGACUUAAUAAUUGCAAUUUGUAAAAUGUAAUUCUAAAUGUAAUUUUAUUAUCAUGAAAUUAAUCAGUGAAAGAGAGAAUCACUCAACUUCACCGAACAGUCAACAUACAACCAGGGAAGAUUCCGUGUAUGAAAUCACAACAUGAGAAAACAAGUCUCAGUGUAACCCACAUGGAUUAUCUGUUAAAUCCCCUGGAUCACAACCAUUUGCUCCUCUCUUGAUGUGUAUUAUCCCUGGUCUUUAUGUUGCAAAAUGGGCCAUAACUCUUUAAUCUGAAGCCAAAGGAAAACAGACUGAAUGCUUAAUCAGUAGAACUGUGUUUUGAAUGACUUUUGAUUUGAAGAACUAUUUGAAAAACAUGCUCUGCUACAUUCAGAGAAGUGGAGAAUUGUUAUUGAGCCAGAUUUCAUGUGAGGGUAACUUUAAUCAGACCACUGGACCUGAUGAGACCUCUGAUUGACCUUUCAUCACAAGAUCUGUGGCCUACUAGAUGGAAAUACAGCCUCAUUACAGCAAACGCUGAGGAAAGACAAGGACAGUAUUUUUUUGGAAAUACAACAGUUCUUAUCGUCUUAUUCAGAAAUGUAUUCAGCCUACUCUUGUACAAUGUAUGUGGGAAGACCAUAAUUUCCGGAGAUUAGCGCAACUCUGCAAUCAAGGAGAAUUGAGCUAAUAAUUCAACUGCGUAUAUGAUCAAAUCCUGUCAUUAGAGUCAAAAGUAAUAGUAAGUAAUGCUCCAAUAUAAACUGAACCUUUUAUUAGGACUCACUCCCUGGUUUUCAUUUUAUCAUAUAAAAAUGUUUUCAAAUUUAAUUUUUAUGACCUCAGUCAUUCUGCAGUGUUAUUAGUCCUGUAAAUCUUUAAUGAGGCACACAAUUACCAACUUAAAUCUCUAUCUCUAUCUUUAGCACCCAUUUUGCAGCGAAUGAAGAAAAACGUUAAUAGAUUCAUUAAUCAAUAAAAAGGAAACUGCUGUUAAUUUCAGAUAAAAUAGUGUACAUAUAAUUUUAUUCAUAUUAUAUGUAUAAAAGGUUUUUUUUAUUUUAUUAUUUUAUUGUAGUGUAAUGAAACACAGUACUGACAUCUGAGUUCAAUAAGUACAAAUAAAUACAUGGAUAAACAUUAAUUGUAUAUUUACUGGUAGUCAUUUUUACAUAAACUGUUAAGGCUGGUAAGGUCAAUGGAAAUUAUUAUUUUAUCCUUUUGAAUGAAUUUGAAUGAAUUAAUUUUGUAAUAAUCAAAAUUAACAUAACCCAAAGCAUUAUUGAUGUUGUUCUGGCAUUGAAACACAAGAGGUUGGUAGAGAGCUGGUUAUGGGGUCUAGCACCAAAGGCCUGGGAAACUAGUAUUGAUACUCACUCUUCUGUCUUUACACUUUAUGAUGAUAAUCUGCUGUGUUGAAUUUAGAAAUUUAACUUGAAAAUCAGAAGAUGUACUUAUCUAAUUUAUCCAUUAACAGUAUUAACUUUGGUAACAGAAGAUAAAGAUCUUGUGUUUCUUUGCCUGCUUGCCUGAGUUUUUUUGGAUAUUGAAACAAAUAUUCAUUUCACAUACUUACAAGAGUAUGCAGAAGGAACUGCAACUUAAAUUUAAAGUGACUUAUUACAUGCAAUUGAAACAAACAUCAUUGUAUAACAGCUUUUGUGCGUCAGAUACAGACAGGCUUUAGAACAGGUCUGUCAUGUUGUUUGUGUCUGUUUAU